AUGAGUUCUAACAGCGGCUUGGCCGAAGCCUUCAACCCCGGGACCGCAAGCACUCGAUCCACGUCAACGGUGCGACCGCGAACUCGCCGCUUGAUCUCCAUCGUCGACAGCGACAAUGAGGAUGGUGGGAGGCAAAUGCAGUCCUCUGGACUAUCAUCGAUGCUGUCUUCGGAGUCGGUGGUACGCUCUCGCGGUGCCACCCCAUCCCCAAACCCAUCCCGCGGAGUGUCCCCUAUUCCGAUGAGACAUCCAUCUCGAGCUACCGAAUCCUUCAACCGCAAUCGAGGAAACAGCUCCCUAGAUUUUCUGGAUGCAUCUUGGUCGUCGCUGCAAAGCUUGGCCUCAUCGGUACUAGGGAGCGAUAUUGCGCGACCAGCUUCCAACGGCACCGCGCGAGGUCAUGCUCGGAAACCCUCCCGACCGGACUUGUAUUCGAGACCGCCCCCUCGUUCAUCCAUACCUGCGUCAUGGGGACCAUCGGCUCCGUCGACACCAGAAAUUGGAGUGGGGACCAAGGAAGAGCGGCAGGCAUUGGUGCAGGCAAAGAAACGCGAAGCUCUUCUGCUGGCCGACAGCGGGCCAGCUUGGGCACCCGGUUCGCGACAUAAGCGGCGGGAUUCGAGCGACCAAACGGGUCAUUCCAACAUUGACGCGGAGCAGGAUGAGGACUCGCUAGUAUACAUACAUCAUGUGCAACCGACAGAUACCAUCACCGGUGUUACGAUACGAUAUGGCUGCCAGCCGGCAAUUUUUCGGAAGGCCAACGGAUUCUGGCCCAGCGAUAGCAUACAAGGCCGGAAAACGGUUCUCCUGCCGGUUGCCUCUUGCUCGAUCAAAGGACGGCCAAAACGGACUGGACCCGACGCCGACCUACUGAACGGUACUCAUGAGUCUCUGGAAGACUUAAAUGGAAGCUCGAUUGCACCCACUGCGGUACCGGGACAUCCGAAGACGGAACCAUCAAAUACUAUACAUGAAGGAGACGGGGACCGGGUCUGGAAGCACGAGUCUUGGGUAGAGAUCGAAGGAUUCAGUGCUCCAGUGGAGAUAGGGCGCAUUCCUCGAGGCGCAUUGGGGUUCUUCCCACGCACGCGGCGAAAAUCGGUCUCCUAUACCGACUCAGUACCAUCGCCAUCCUCGGAUCAGGCACGAACGGCAACAGCCUCCUCUGUAUCGUCAUCACCGGCUGAACCCCACUCCUUCCAGCCUCCCGUAUUCCAAUGGAGCCGCCAAUCGACCGACGCCUUUUCUCCCAAGAACCCCAAGAGGCCCGGAACCCGGCAUCAGCGCCAGCGCAGCGGCAUCCAAUUCUCCGCCCCCGGCGUCGGCACCCUCGACCGUGAUAUCACCGCCCCGGGCCCCGCGAUGGACGGACUGAGCAAGUUCUUCGCGCAGCAUCUCCCCAACCUUGCGCCCGCAACCCGACCCCCGAACUUCGAGACCACCUCCGAUACCCCGACCGCCUCCGCCGUGUCCAACACCCCCACGGGUCUCGAGAACUUCGGCGGUGCUGUCGAAUCGUGGGUCCGCAAGAUGACCAGUCGCGCCAAAGCCAGUCUCAACGACCUGCAGCAAGCAACCGGCACACCCAGCAGCACGGACCCCACGGUCCAGAUCCAAACCAGCGGCCGCCGCAAUCUGGGCGAUCUCAUCGAGCUGAACGAUGGACUAGAGCCGGCAGCAACCCACCCGUCCGGACCCGCGGACUCAUCCUCUUCCCAUAGUAGCGCACGUCGCAGCAACCUCGACCGCAAAUCCCCACCAUCAGCAUCGACCUCCCUCCUCCCCAACGGAACCUCCUCCACAUCCUCGUCCUCGACCCUCAGAGGCCGCUUCCCCACCCCGUCGCCUGGACGAUCGAGCAGGACUCAUCAAUCCAGGGAUCGCUUCAAGGAUGAUUGAUCGCCGGUGGUACUUCGGAGGACAACCGGUACAUGAAAUUCCAUUCAGCGAACCUUUUGCCCUGAUUUUCUCUCUAUAACAUAGCAAAGUCUUUUUGUCCCUCUCAUACACCCACUCCAGGUGCAAACUAUAAUCCACCCCACCCGUUUCCCUUUCCACCAAUUCAUAAUUCUUCAAUUCCAUCUGGCUUUUGCAUAGCAAGAAAUAUAAUUCCCGGCUCGAAAUGGCGUGCGUGUGUGUUUGUACGUACCGUGUCCGCAGUAUUACCGCUUGCUUGACUAUGUAGGGGUAUUGUUCUUUAUAGUGUAUGUAUGGUUUGAGUAUUGUUUUGGUGCCGAGGGAGGAGGAGGAGGAGGAGGAGGAGGGGCUCUGCUAUUCUCUUUCCAGAUGGGCUUUUG